AUGUAUGAAUAUGGUGUGGGGUGUGCGACAGACGAGGAGAAGUCUCUGAUGGUGAAGCUCUUUACCAACUACAACCUAAAGGUUCGGCCAGCAUUGAGCCCCGAAGAUAGGGUGGUGGUUCGAGUGGGGAUGGUCCUCUCCUCCUUGGUUGGACUGAAUAUGAAGAAUGAAGAAAUGAGCACAGUUGUCGUCAUGAAUCUGGAAUGGACGGAUUAUCGGUUGCAAUGGAAACCCAAGGAGCAUGAUGGGAUUAACGUGAUGCGAAUCCCCGCUGUGAAGGUUUGGCUGCCUGACAUGGUCCUCUUCAAUAAGUAA